AUGGCUUCCCCAUAUUCCAUCAUAAUCAACCCAAAGUUCUCAGAGAAAGACUGGAUCGUCCAGAUGGAACACAACCUGGAGCUCGACCUCGACGCCGUCGUCGCGCAGACCCCACUCUGCAUUUACCAUGUCCCUGAAUCCCUCCGCAUCAGCAAGCGCGACGCUUACACCCCGCAAUUCCUCGCCCUGGGGCCUUACCACCAUUGGAAGCCCGAGCUCUACCAGGCCGAGACCCACAAGCUGGCCGCGGCGAAAAGGGCACAGCGAGAAUUCCAUCUCCCCGCCGACUUCCGUGACUUCGUCGCCGGUAUCUCCCGCUUAGUCCCCGGCAUCCGCGCCUGCUACGACCGCCACUUGCAAAUGACCGACCAGGCCCUCGCCUGGAUUAUUGCCGUCGAUGCUCUGUUCUUACUCCACCUCAUUUAUGCCGAUUCUCGUGAUGAUAACAGUAAUCCCCUGUUUUUCGAUUAUCCUUCUUCCAGCCGGAAGUCUCUUCUUAGAGACGCUGUCAUGCUCGAGAAUCAGAUCCCCAAUUUCGUGCUCGUUGAAAUUCUGACGAAUUUCAGCGAUUCCGGCAGCAGGGGUUUAUUGGGUUCAGUUUCGGUGGAUUUCUGUAAGAAGGUUUCGCCUCUCGGGUUAUCCGACCCGGAUCCGGAGGAUGUCAAAGGCCGUCACUUGCUGGAUCUUCUCUACCACCUGAUUCUGCAUCAUAAUAACAAACCGCCGGCGGCAAAGCAGGGAACUGCAGAAGUUUCCGAGGAAUUUCAAGCCAACGGGAAUGGAAAUGGGAAUGGAAACGGCGCGACGAUUGGGGAUUUUCCCAAGACGGAUGCGGGUCCGGGUUUUUUGACCCGGGUUCUCGGGUUUUACUCUGCCUGGUUGAGGAGAGUCACGGAGGAAGAGACGGCGGGGCUAAUCCCGACGGCGACCCAGCUCCGUAACGCCGGCGUGAAGUUCGGAGUCGCGAAGCAGGGGAUCCGGAGCAUAAGCUUCAACAAGGAGACGAAAACCCUAACCCUUCCGGCGUUCAAUUGGAAGCCCGAUUGCGACGUGGUGAUGAGGAAUCUGGUGGCGUACGAGGCGGUGGCGAGACCAGAAAACAGCCCCGUCAUCUGCCGGUACGCCGACUUGAUGAAUUCAAUUUGCCGGACGGCAGAGGACGUGAAACUGCUGCAGCAGGAAGAACUAAUUAUAAUCAGCGGAGGAGGAGGAAGCGAUGCCGUUUUGGAGGUGUUCGGCGGCGGGCGCGGGAUGGGAACGGCGAUUGGCGGCGGAGGGAAGAGAACGGUGCUGGACGGGGGAAUCGAGGCGGUGAACGAAUUCUACGCCGGGAAUCGGAAAUUGGAGGUGUGGAAAUUGGCGACGAGGUUGGGGAAGCGAGUGUGGGAAGUUGCCACGUUUCUGGCGGCGCUGUUUCUCCUGCUCUUCUUCUUCUUCCACGUAGUCAUCGAUAUUUUCCGUUAUCCUCCUGGCUCGCCGGGAAAUGUCACCGCCGCCGCCGCUGGUGUGGCCAAAAUGUUAUUCCCGCCGUCGUCGUUGGCUCCUCCUGCUUCUUCUGCUUCGGCUGCUUCUCUGUAG